AUGCUAGAAACCUAAUUAAGCUCUCGCAAACUAUAAAUUUCAAUGAUUAUUUCUUUGAUAUUUCAAUUUAUCAGGAUGAUAAUAUAAUAUCAGGAUUUUGGAAAUCAAUUUGUUAAUUUUUUGAUGAUUAAUCUGUUAGUUUAGAUAGCAUUAGAAUUAUUAUGCUUCAAGAAGACAUUUUUUACAACUGAAUUAUAGUUAGCUCUCAUAUUAAUGGAUUUAAUUUUAUUUUAAGUAGAAUCAUUAAUGUUUGGUAUAGAGAAUGUUUAUCAGAAUUAUUUUUAUAUUGUUAUCGCUCAUAAUUACACAAAUCUUAAGAUUAAAAUGGCAAAUAGUAAGAUGUGGAAAGCAAUUAUGAUUUUUUUUUAAAUAAUACUUCUUUUGAGUUUUUCAUAUUAAUUGAAUUUAAAUAGUAGCUAUUCUAAUGAAUUUAAUUAAAAAUACAUUGCUAUUGCAAAUCAAAAAUUAUAUAUGCUACUUUUAUUGUGGUUACUCCCUUAAAAAAACAUAAUUUAGGAGGGAAGGCGUUAUUAAUAGAGCAACAAUGCCUUUCAAGAUACAAUGGUCGAGGCAUUAUAAAAUACAACUCUCCGCUAAUCUUCAAAUUAAAUAAAUCCAAAAAGAACUAUAAUUAGGGAUUUGAGUUUUAUAAGCUCAGACAAGCAGUAAAAGAUUAAGAUAAACGAGACUCUCUCCACAAUAGAUUAUAGUUCAUUAUUUGAUGUUCUCUCUGAGGGUGUAAUAAUAGUCUAAUUUGAAAAAAUUGAUGCUAAUUCAAAACCUAAAAUUGAAUAUUAAAAUUAAAUUAGCAAAAAAAUUUUCCAAAAAAAUAACCAUGAUUUAUUGACGCUUUUUGAAAAGUUGUCUUGCGAGAUUCUUAUGGAUGAAUCACCACUUCAUUCAAGAGAUUCCUUAUUUUCACUGUAAAGUCUUAAUUAACAAUCAAUUAAAUAUUUUAAAUCAUCUAAGUUGAAUUUUUUUAAACAUUUUUGCUAAGAUUAACAGAUGACUUUAAGAAACACUGAAUAAAGUCAAUCUCCAAGAUUUAGAUCAUUGACUAGUUAACUUAACACUGUAUAUAAAUGUCUGUUAUACGUAUAUGGCACAAAAAGAUUUAGAAGAGAAACUGCUGAUAAUAUGAAUAUACUUGUUGUUGAGACAAGCUUUGAAAUUGAAAAUUAAAAAAGAUCAAUAGAAAUAAGUAUCUCGAUAGGCAGUGAAGAUUUGCUGUUCAUAAUUGCAAGAGAUGUUAUCCACAGAAAGAACAUUAAAGAUCUCCUUCAAAUAAAUUAAUCUAAAUCCAAGACUUUAUCCUUCGUUAGCCAUGAGUUUAGAUCUCCAUUAAAUGUAGUUAUCAAUAUAUUAAGCAGACUGAAAGAAUAACUAAACAGCUUUGAUUAUAUCUGUUAGAAUAUUUCUAUUGUUUUGGAGAAUUGUUACUAUAUGUUAAAUUUAGCUAAUGAUUUACUUGAUUUAGCAUAAAUAAAAGCAGAUCAAUUCAGUUUAGUCUAAAAGACCUUUAAUCUAACUGAAUUAGGAGAGGAGUGUCUGUAGAUGUUUAAACUUUAAGCUGAGCUGAAAAAUAUUAAGCUAACAGUUAUUUCGAAUGUGAAAUGUUUACUAAUCAGUACAGACAGAAAUAGACUUAAACAAAUCUUAGUGAAUCUUAUUGCUAAUGCUAUCAAAUUUACUUAAAAAGGAGCUAUAUCAAUCAAGUUUGUACAGUAAGGAUUGUUAGUGAAUGCUGGAGUAGAAGAUACUGGUGUUGGAAUAUCCUAGCAUAAUUUAUCUAAGCUUUUUAAAGCAUUUGGUAAGAUUAAGGAAGGACUUUCUGAAAAUUUAAAUGAGUAGGGAGUUGGAUUGGGGUUGCUGAUUAGUAAUAAGCUAGCCUAAUAAUUGUCAUAUGAUAACUCUGGAUUGAAGGUUGUUUCUCAAGAUACUUCAUAAGCAAAACACGGUUCUUACUUUUAUUUAACUUUAAAAAUUCAAUAACUACAUCAUAAGUGUUUUAUAGUUAAGCCAGAACAAAUUAAUUUGGAGGAUGAUUAUUCUCCAGACUUGAAUGAAAUUCAACUCAAUAGCAAAAGAUCUGAAGAAAAACAAUAAUAUUAAAUAGUUAUCAGUAGCGAUAAUUAGAGUUUCUAGGAAUCAAUUAUAGUACACGAUUUAAUUUAAGAAAACAUAAUAGGAUGUAAACAUAUUUUGAUAGUUGAUGACAAUGUAUUUAAUUAAGAAAUAUUGGAAAUGCAAAUAAAAUAAUACACUAAUGCCUAAAUUGACAAAGCUUUUAAUGGCGCUGAUGCACUAGAAAUUAUUAAAUCCAAAAAAUGUUCAGAAUCUUGUUAAGGUUAUACAGCCAUCUUUAUGGAUAUGGAAAUGCCAGGAUUAAAUGGUAUGCAAAUUUCAACUCAAAUUUUAAAUUCGAAUCAAUAGAUGAAAAUAUUUAUCACUUCUGCAUAUGAUGAAAAUAAACUAAAAGAGUAAAGUAAAAAAUUAGGAAUCCAAGAAUUUAUAGUUAAACCCAUAUCUAAAUAAACCAUUCAAAGAGUGAUUAAAUAGUACAAACUAUGA